AUGGCAGACCGUGAAGGUCAGAUCGUCGAGUUCGCAGGCCUGAGCGGCGCAAGCCCCGAGGAGGCCCGCCAGUAUCUUGAAGCGCACAAUUGGGACCUCGCAGAGGCCAGCAACGCUUGGUUCCGCGACGCCGAGGAGGACAACCGCGACACAUCUACAGCUCCCGCUCCCGACAACUACACUGGUCCCCGAACCCUCGAUGGUCGACCUGCUCCAGAGGCUGCCCGUAGCAGCCAACCCGCUCGAAAGAGCGCACCUUCGCAACAGAGAAAGACUGGAAUCGCUACUCUAGGAUCUCUCGGUGGCUCGUCCCAUCAGCACGAUCACGGAGAUGAUGACGAUGACGAUUCCGACCCCGAGGACAAUGAUGGACGAGGAAACUUGUUUGCUGGUGGUGAGAAGUCCGGACUAGCUGUUCAAGACCCUAGCCAGCAAGAAGCUGGUCCGAAGAAGCUCAUCAGCGACAUUCUCGCUAAGGCGAAAGCCAACGCUGCUCGUCCCGAGGCCGACAAUGAGGCCGGUCCAUCCGAGCCCAGUCGUUUCCGUGGAACAGGACAAACCCUUGGUGGUGAUGGUGUUGAGAGCCGCAGCAUCCCUGACCCUCUUGGUCCCGUUCGUCAAAACGCCGAAUCCCAAGAGCGAGUCCUUCACAUCUGGCAGGAUGGUUUCAGCAUUGAUGAUGGUGAUCUCCGACGAUUCGAUGACCCCGCAAACCAAGCCGAUCUGGCGUUGAUUCGAUCCGGUCGUGCACCUCUUCACCUCAUGAACGUCCAGCAUGACCAACCCAUCGACGUCAAGCUUCACCAGCACGAAACACCAUACCAGCCUCAGCCCAAGCAGUACAGACCUUUCGGUGGUUCUGGUCAACGACUUGGAGCUGUUGUGCCUGGCGCUGGAGAAAGCUCUAGCUCUACCGCUGCACCAGCCGCCGCUCCUUCAUCCUCUAGCGCUCCGACAGUCAAUGACUCUCAACCAACAGUCAUGAUCCGAAUCCAGAUGCCUGACGGCACACGUCUUCCUGCUCAAUUCAACACUACCCACACUGUUGGCGAUGUCUAUGGUUUUGUCCAGGGAGCUUCACAAGAGACACGAAACAGACCAUGGGUUCUUUCCACAACAUUCCCCAACAAGGACCACACCGAUCACAGUCUCGUUCUAGGGGAGAUGCCCGAAUUCAAGAAGGGAGGUACCGCUGUUGUCAAGUGGACUUAG